CUCUUCCACAGCAGCUGCGAUGCCGCCUGGCUCCCCGAGCCCCCCGACACCCGCGAGUCGGGCCCAAGAUGCCCCCAGAGGCGCCAGGACCCUCCCACCCAGGGCCCGCAGCCCGUCCCCCACUCACAGCCGGCCCGGCCCUUCCCUGCCCGGCUCCCGGCGCUACGUAAAACACCCGCCGCCGCAGGCAGCGCCAGCGGAGAGCCGAUGCUAUCGUCCCGCGGAAACAACCGCAUCAAUCCCGCUGCCUCUAACCCCCCUUCGCUGGGUGGUGGCCCAAGACGACCGCCGCCAGCCCCAGGGCUCGGGGCUCCCGCCGGGACAGGCCGAGGCACGUCCAGUCCGGAGCCCUCCCCCGAUUAGCAAGGCAUCUACAAAAAGAGGCACAGUCUCAGCACAACAACUCAGAAUUCACCGAAGAUCAAAAGUCUUAAAGAAUAUCCUCACUUACAAUAAGGAGUUCCCCUUUGAUGUUCAGCCUGUCCCACUCAGGAAGAUUUUAGCACCUGGAGAAGAGGAACACUUGGAGUUUGAGGAGGAUGAUGAGGAAGGAGGAGCUGGAGCUGGGUCUCCAGACUCUUUUCCUGCUAGAGUUCCAGGUACUUUAUUACCCAGAUUGCCAUCUGAACCCGGGAUGACAUUACUCACCAUCAACAUAGAGAAAAUUGGUCUGAAAGAUGCUGGGCAGUGCAUUGAUCCUUACAUCACAGUCAGUGUAAAGGAUUUGAAUGGGAUAGAUCUGACUCCUGUCCAAGAUACUCCUGUGGCUUUGAGGAAGGAGGACACAUACGUCCAUUUUAACGUGGACAUUGAGAUUCAGAAACAUGUUGAAAAACUAACAAAAGGUGCAGCUAUUUUCUUUGAAUUCAAACACUACAAGCCUAAGAAAAGGUUUACUAGCACCAAGUGCUUUGCUUUCAUGGAGAUGGAUGAAAUUAAAGCUGGGGCAAUCGUUAUAGAACUGUACAAAAAACCCACUGACUUUAAAAGGAAGAAAUUGCAACUGUUGACCAAGAAACCACUUUACCUUCAUCUCCAUCAAACAUUGCACAAGGAAUGACCCUAGUUGUGAGACUUCUGUGAACUGAACCACCAGUCAUGGUAGCUGUGUGUAGUAGCCUUAGCCUUCCAGGGGCAGGAAAGCAACUGUACUGAUGCCAGUAGGUCAGAAGGGACCAUCACACACUGACCAGCACUACUUUGGGGUCAGAGGCAAGCCCACCAUUCAAGUACAAGUCUUUUUCAGUACCUUCCAGGUACAGGUUUUUCUGAGAGCUCUGAAAUAUGCUAUUCCUAAUUUUGCUGUUCAUCACUUUGUAUCUUAAUGGUUAUUAUCCUUUUGCCUCAAACACCACCCGUGGGUGGAGACUGCCCCCUUGUCCAAACCCAUAGCAAUAAAGAUGUGGCAGGCCUACUAACUGUUUACACUUGUUGUGCUAUUGUAGUUCCUCUCAUCUGCAUUUUGGAGUCCUCUGUAGUGGGCUGGUAGCAGAAGAGAUGGAAAAAGACCAGGUGGGGUGGGAAGGAGCUUGAGGUACUGCAGGUGAUUUAAAGUGAGAGCAGGAUGCUGGGUCAAGUAGGGUGGCCAUAGAAGAGCUCCUCCAUUAGCUGUUCUGCUUUGGUCAGGCCAGGAGGACAACUGCAGAUGAGAAGACUGAAUUGUGAUUUUAACAGCCUCGCCCAAUCAAGUGUCCUAAGUUUUGGAUACAAUAUCUACAUCAAUUCCUCCCUAAUAGAGCUAAUUUUUCUGUAUCUUGUCACAAAGCUAUUUGCAAACGUGGGUGGGGGGUGAAGUCUUUCUCCAGGGCUUCAUCCUGAUGACAGGAUGAGUUUCACCAUCUGGGUGACAGCAGGACAGGCCCCCCCGUGUUCAAGCACAAAUCUUUGAGAGCUUUUGGUAAAGCAGACCUGGCUUGCGGGUUGACCCACCCUUUAUAUGAAACUGCUGUUCUUAUGGAAACUGAUUGUUUGCAGUUUAUUUUGUGCAAGUCUAGAAACUUACUCUAAAAAUUACCUUUUUUAUGUAGGUAGGUAGGAUUAUCAUUUAUUGUCUAUAUUUUUGGUGUGUAAUAAGCUGCAGGACACUGGCUUAUUAUGACACACUUGCAUUCACCUUUUGACCUAAUAAAGGGACCCAGUCAAAUCCUUCGUAUAUUUUCGUGUAUAUUUAAUACUUUAAGGAUUGAUGUUCUUCUUGCCUAUCUUACUAGUGCCUAAAUAUUCUGCUAUGCUAAGAAAAGACCCAGGGCCCAAAAUACCAGUCUUAUUUUGAACAGUCUGGAUGCAGGUGUAUUACCAGUUCUUUUCUGUCAUGUAACCCCAAGAUGUUACUUUAGGUUUUAAGAGGAAGGGAUGUGACUUUUCCUUGAUAUUUGUCUGUCCACAGGCAGGUGUUCUCAGCGUUUUUUCCUUUACCCCCUAUUGAUUAGGAUAAAAAGUGGUUUUUUUAGUGUCUUCUUGCCCUCUGUCCUGGUAUAACAAGGAAUAACCUUAUACAAGUAUUUUAACAAAAGUCAGCAACACUUCCUAAAAUUCAGUUGUUUAGAGGGGAGGGGGGAAGUGCAAUUGAAUUUUCCUGUUUACAGGUCUUUACCCCAAUGCUAUUAUAUCUGAUACACUGAAUAUCAAGCCCUGAAAUACAUCCCUACAAGUUAUGGAUACCUCUGAAUGCAGCCUUCUGGAUACCAGACAAGAGGAUACACCUGAUCUUGAAAAAAAUAAAAAAAAUCAUCCUUAGAACUCUGCAAAAGGAUGAAGCAAAGCAUUAGUCUGUGGCUGCCAAUAGAGAGGAGUGGGGGCUGUAGCUGCAGUACCUGCCUGGGGGCCCUGGCUGGCUCAGGUCCCUUGCUGGCUCAGGUCCCUUGCUGACCUUUCCAGAAUCUGUAGCCCAGAGCAUCCCUGGAAUGCAUGCAGCCUGUCCAGGCUCUGCCACACCCUCCAGUGUCUGGUGUCUGCUGGUGUUGCUCAGGGCCAGGUGAGCAGGCAGCUGUGUCCCCCUCCAGUUAUGACUCUGGCUAACCCUAAAUGUUCCUCAGUAUAUCGGCCACUAUGCAAAUGCUCUCACUUGAAUUGCAAACCCAUUGUUUCAGCUGCUUGACUCCCAGUUUGUACAUGUCUGUAUCAACCACAGUUAUACAAAAUGUCAACUUUGAUGCAUUUUUGUUAAAUACAGAAGGAGAGCUUUGUAUUUAA